AUGGCUCGCACAAGAAGCCAGAUAAAGACCAAACCGCAGAGGUUGAAUGAUAGUCGAUCUCUCAGCAAUCCAGAUGAAGUCUCGUUAGAGAAUAUUCUCGGCCAAGACACUUCCAUCGAAGAUGCCGCCAAGCAAGAAUCAAGUGAAGAAGUCCCACUGGAGCCAGCGGUGGAGCCCCUUGCAGAGAAGCCAAAGAAGAAAGUCUUUACUGAUGAAGAUGAAGAUGCGUUGAUGGAAGCACCAACUAGAAUUGAGGGAGAAGAAGAAAAAGAAGAAGAAGAAGGAGAGGAACUGGAUUCAUCCUCCGACGAUGAUGAUGAUGAUGAUGAUGAUGAUGACGCACCCGAAGAAGAGUCCACGACCACCGCCAAGGCCCAAAUCCUCAACAGGCAAAAAGCGGAAAAAGAACGACAAGCGGCCAUAGUGCAAGCCAACAAGGAGCGAAGGAGAGCCCAGGACGAGCGCAAUAGACUUCAGCAGCAGCAAAAGAAGCAGCGAGGGGCACGCGAUGAAAAGACACGGGAGGAAAUCCCCUAUGAUAUCGAAUCUUUUCUCAAGACAGCUGCUGCUGCCUCCGCUAAUUCACAAUCCGCUUCUUCUACUCUGACUCCAAAGCAGCAGCAGAACAUACAUAUAAACUUGGCCGACCAGGACGCAGCGAAAGAGGCUAAGCGGGCCAAACUCGAGCAAAAACUACGCGAACUAAAGCAGAAAAAGAACAAGGGUGUAAGCCUCAAGAAAGGCCCAGUUUAUGUGCAAACACAAAUUUUCAACGGCGGAGUGAGUAAGAGGAAAGUAGUGCCGCGGGCAGAGUCGAAGAUUUUGCACAACAAGUCACGCUGGUUGAAUAGAAAGUCCAUAGAGCGGAGGUAG